AUGGCCUUGGUGACCCGUCAGGUUCAGGGUGUCUAUGCUCCAUCAAGGCCUUCUUGGAAGAAAGGGACCAAAUUGAGCCAAAAUUCAAAGGCAUUUUGCACAUUUCAGAAGAUAGAUAUCACCUUAUAUCUUAACAGUGUGGGCCCGCCUUUUAUCCAUGGAUCAAAGCGGAAAUCUGUAAGAGUAUCAUCUUUUGAAGGUAGUGAUGAAGGUGAUGAAUACAUAGACAGAGUGAGAGGGUCAAAAUGGGCAAAAAGUCCGUACAUCUCCUCAAAUGGAGGUUUGACAUCAUUGCCCACAUCUUCACCAAGUCAAGAUCGUACAUUAGAAGAGCAUUCCUGGAAUGAAAGAGUGGAAACAGACCACGAGCUCAUGAAAUGUGGGAUUUUAAAGAGGGUAUGGUGCAACUUUUUUGAGUUUGGAUGCAAAAAUAAAGAUCCCCAUGAUUAUAUUCAUACCCCUGUUCCUUACAGUGAACAUAAAGUAUGGUGUUCAUGUUGCAAAGGAGUUGAUCCCUUUGUGGAUUGGUGGACCUUUACUCCUUGCUCUUUACAUCAAGAUGGUCCAUGUGAUAUACUGGCUCUAUGUUUUCAGCUUCAAGCAAUCAGUCAAAUUAGUAAACAACUUUGGUCAUGGAAAAGAAUACAUACGAAUUCAUUUAUGGCAACAAUUGGUGUACUUUAGGAACUUAGACUACAAAAGAUGAGUCCAAAAGAAUGUGGAAAGAGUUUCAGGAAUGGCUUGGGGAUAUGUGUAUGGAGUUUGUUGAAUCAAUGUGGUCUUAUCGCAGAACUGUUGGGUUUUUGAAGAUGACCAAGAUCA